AUGACUCGAAAGGAGACGAGGAGGGUGGCGGCGCUGUCGGCCGAUACCCAGGUGCAGAGGAGGCGCUCGAAGCGCUUAGCGGUUGCGAGGCGCCAGGCGCAGUUACGGACGCGCGAGCGACAUAGGUAUCCGAGGAGAAGCGAGGGCGCAGCUCAAGGUCUCCCGAAGUCCCCACCUGCUAUCGAGCGUGGAGCGUCAACACUUUGCAGCGUGACGCAAGGAUGUCGAUGCUCCUUCUAG